UCCACAGUCUGCAGUCUCUUGCCUCAUCACACUCCAACAAUAUGGGCAUAACGCUGUGCGCCGGGGGCGGGGCAGCAGCGGGGACUUCGAUGAGAACAACACAUGGGGCAUCAUUAGGAGCAGAGCGCACCAUGCUGACGGAGGGAGAGCUGCGGCUGGACGGAGCUCAACUCCUGACAGCCUGGAGACGCGCGACGGGACCAACACGGGAGCGCGUUGUGCUUCUGUGUCACUCACUUAUGUUGAGAUGCACAUGAGCAACAGGCUCCGCAGUGGGAACCUUUUCAUCUUGUAGUCUACUCGGACGCGCUCUUGGUGGUCGUCAGAUAUUUGAACCCAUGCCAACAUCCAACCGGUCCUGGAUAUAUACGCACGGUCGGGAUGGAUUCGUUCAACGCCAGCGGAAUGGACGCGUUCACGGUGAUCCACCUGAAUUCCUCCUGGAGUGUGGACAGUGGAUACUCCCUGGCAGCGAUAGCCAGCAUCGCUGCCCUCGUAAGUUUCCUCAUCCUCUUCACUGUUGUUGGGAAUAUUCUGGUGGUGAUCGCGGUGCUGACGAGCAGGGCGCUGAAAGCCCCGCAGAAUCUCUUUCUGGUGUCUCUGGCCACCGCGGACAUCCUGGUCGCCACUCUGGUGAUGCCGUUCUCGCUGGCGAAUGAGCUCAUGGGCUACUGGUAUUUCGGGAAAGUUUGGUGCGGUAUCUAUCUGGCUCUGGAUGUUCUGUUCUGCACUUCGUCUAUUGUGCAUCUGUGCGCAAUAAGCCUGGACCGCUACUGGUCCGUUACGCAGGCUGUAGAGUACAACCUGAAGCGGACCCCUAAACGCGUCAAGUGCAUCAUCUUAAUCGUGUGGCUCAUAUCUGCCUUCAUCUCCUCUCCUCCUCUCAUGUCUAUAGAGAGCAACACCGAGCUCAGCUCUCAGCCUCAGUGCGAGCUCAACGAUGACACCUGGUACAUCCUCUCCUCCAGCAUCGCGUCCUUCUUCGCCCCGUGCAUCAUCAUGGUCCUGGUGUACAUCAGGAUAUACCAGGUGGCCAAAACCAGAACCAGAAGCAUGUCGGGAAAGAGUCCCCGGCCAGAUGGUGUCACGCAAACUGAGAAUGGACUGAGCAAGGCCACUUCCCCUUUCCAUGGUGAGGGAGGGAACGGUCACUGUCAGUGCCCGCCUACGCCCAGCCAGCGCACCGUCACCAUGGGGAGGCAGACAGAGGAUGGAGACAUGGAGGAGAGCUCCUCCUCAGAGGGCAAAGGUCACAAGCCCCAGCAACAGGACUCCCAGGGGGCCAAGAAGGCCGGCCCCAAGAAGAGCUCCCUCUCCAAACAGUCCACCCGCAUCUCCAGAGUCAGCAACAAAUCCAUGGACCUGUUCGCCUCCAGGAGGAAACGACGCCGGAGCUCCUUAGCCAGGAAAAAGGUGUCCCAGGCUAGGGAGAAGAGGUUCACAUUCGUCCUGGCUGUGGUCAUGGGGGUGUUUGUCGUGUGCUGGUUCCCCUUCUUCUUCAGCUACAGCCUGUACGGUGUGUGCAGGGACUCCUGUAAGAUCCCAGACCCGCUCUUUAAAUUCUUCUUCUGGAUCGGCUACUGUAACAGCUCCCUGAACCCGGCCAUCUACACCAUCUUCAACCGGGACUUCAGGCGAGCCUUUCAGAAGAUCCUCUGCAAGUCGUGGAAAAAGUCCUUUUAAAGCCUCGAGGCAGAACUGCUGCUCCACCAUGACAAUCUUAAAGGAAAUAUCGAAAAGACAAAGAAGCCUGUUUUUGUCUUUUACUGCCACUUGGUACUCACUGUUCAGUCUCACUGUCCUGCUGUAACUCAUUCGUGGCUGUGCACGCCCUCAAACACCUGCUGGGUGUCUCCACAAGCUUCAACAUACAGUAUCUUUCCAUUGCGGGCUUUUUUACGGGCUUUUCCAACCCUUCUUUACUCCUGCUGACUUGUGCUGUGAAGCUUUAUAGUGUGCUGUCACUGAUCAAGCUCUUACACAUCCACAAACAUACACACAUGGCCGGAUUUAUCUGCUAGGUGGCCCGAGGGCAAAGAUGAGCUCCUUGGCCCCCCUGAACCCCCCCCCCCCUUGUUCCUCCCACUCUCUGUGCCGUGUGCAUCUGUGUGGUCAUUUCACUCUAUAUUAAUUAAGUAAUAUGCAUCAAACGUAAGCACAAAACUGAGAUAAUGAAGGUUUGUUAAACUUCAAACGGGGGUUGUUUUCAGGGCAGGUUGAUCUGAGACAAACGCUGACUGGCUCUCUUGCUGUGAGCUAGAUGAGAGGCUUGAUAGCACUGUCAGGCCUGUGCAGAGAAUAUGUAUCCUAGCUGGAGCGAGCCACCGGUUAGCUUAGCUUGGAUUAGCAGGGAGACUGGAAGUGAAGGGAACCAGCGAGCAAAAAUCCACCUCUUAGCAGCCCUACAGCUCUCUUUACAUCCUGUUUGUCUAAACUGUAUGCAACCAAAGUGUAGAAACAACAAUUAGCUGUUUUGCAGUGGGUUAGCUUAUGUGCAUUUCUUGGCCAGGACCAGUUGCUAGGCAACCAGAGGAGACUAUUCAAGUCCUGCUAAAAUGUUUGUUUUUAUACUUCAGAUUUUGUACGGAGCAAACAAACAACAGCCCACUCUCAUCAGACACAAGCAUACAGAUCGACUGGGCAAGCAGCUCAUUAUGACCCGUGCGGCGACCUCUAGUGGCUUGAAUAAUUAUUACAGCAGCAAAUGAGGAUGUCAGUCGUGGUAGUAUGAAGAGAAGGAAGGAUUGAGGCAUGAGUCAGAUUAAACAAGGACAGGAGUUUCACUCAGUGGCUGUGUUGCAUUGUGGGUAAUGUGGGCACAUGGUUUUUUUUUAAUAAAACAAAGAAUCUGUGGAAUGAAAACAUCUGUAUUUGUUUCUGCUGGAAUGAUUUUCAUCAUUUGUGUCCAUUAUGUCCAAUAGUGUUACAGGAGGGGAAAUACUAGACCAGCAGGCUGUUUUUGAAAACCUGGUUCCUACAUUACCCAUAAUGCUGUGUGGACACUGUGUGACAUCAUAAGUGGGAGAAAGAUGUAAGAUGUUUGAGCAAGGUAGAUGAUGAAAUGUGAGGGAAGUAAUCAUGUGCGAUGUGUUUAUGUUCUCCGAUAGGCUACUUGUUAGCUGAGUGUUUGCCAGUUUUUAAAGGAUUAGUCCGAGGAGUCACACAGUAAGGAAAAUCUUUAAAAUGUAUGAUCUUUUUUAUAACCCUUUGAACUGGAUUGAAUCGUGUGAUGCUGUUUUGUUGUUUAUGCUCUUUAUGCUAAGCUAAGCUAAUCGUCUUCUGGCUUUAGCUACAUAGUUACUCUACGGCCAUACUAGUGUUAUCGAUCUUCUCAUUUAACACUCUGCAAGAACGGGAGUGAGCAUAUUUCCCCAAAUGUCAGAUUAUUCCUUCAAGAUUAGCUGACGAAGCAGAACCCGCUUCAUGCUUCAGUUCUGCUUUAGAUCCGCAUAUUUAUGAAAAAGGUCUCAAUGCAUUUGCACAAACCAGUUCACACCUGAAGCUGUUGGCGCUCACUAGAGUUGUGGGGUCUCGGGGAAGCCCAGGUUGGGAAAUCGGGAGUUUCUAGCCUUUAAUGUCCGUUUUCCCUGAAGUUGAAUCUCAGCUGACAUGUGAACCCUCAGUAUUCCUGCCUUAAAUUAUAGAAAUACAAUGAUUUUUAGAAGCCGUAAAGGCUAAAAACAGCUGUCUAGUGUUUCAUGUCCAGUAUUAUACAAGAAAAAGGGAUUUAUUGGUGAGAAGCGAGAAAACAUAAAUAAACAAAUGACGUUAUAGAAUUAUCUUGUAACCUCUUCAGGGGUCCCGACCUGUAGGAAAUGUGUGUUUUGUCUGCUUGUCAUGAUGUUGUUGGCCAUGUGAGCUUUCACAGCUUUUUAAGAGGAUCUCUGCUGUAAACGGACUCUAGAGCAGCAGAGUGAAGGAACAUCAGAUCCACUGUGUGUUUAAAAGCACCCGGAUGAACCCGAGUGUCAUCACGGCGGUUCAUAACACAGAUGACAAAUGGCAAAGCACAAACAGCAGACUAAAUCACCACAGAGUCUGUGCUCUGACCUCUGACUGGACUUUAAAAGGGUUGAGACGGCACUGAGAAGGGCUGACGCUCCAGACUAUAAGCUAAAUUAUUUUUAUGAUGUGCACAAGAGGUCAUUUUUGUCACAGUGGCCAUAAACCACUGAGCAUUAAGGGACAAAAAUGCAUUUGUUUGGCAUUGACUCUUUCAGAAUCUACCUCUCUGUUUGAUGAGUUCAUGUCUUUUUUGCUGCUGUUUUUGCAUUUCUGUGUUGCAAAGUGCAGUUCACAUCUGUCCUCUGCUUGAGCUGUCUGCUGUCGUGCAAAAAUAAUAAAAAAAGUGAAGACGUCUUAUGUGAA